GUCUGACAUUUCCCAAACAAAAUACAGCCGAAGCGGGUAAACAGAAAAUCGUGAAAGCACUGCAAUUGAGUCUACCAUCCCGAGGAACAGUUCUAGACAUUAUUUGGUGCAGAUUUAAUACUUGUUAAUACGUGAGAAUGUCGGACGACGAUGUAAUCCUGGUUGAAGAUUCACCAGAGCGAACUUCUAUCAGCUGCGAAAAAAUCCCGGAACUUUUCCUGGACAAACUAACCGCCAAAAAGUACUUCAGCCAGUUUGGCAAGAUAAAACGAUUCAUACUGCGCCCGAAGCGCUACUCAUGCACGGUGGAAUACGAAAGUGCGGAAUCGGCGAGGGCUGCCCUCGCCAAAGGCGGGGUGUUUCGAUCAUUCAAGUUCACCAUCUCCUGGACGGAAAUCAAGCCCGGAGCCGGUCGCUACUCGGCGGAAGCAAAGGAUGCUGACGGUCUUGACCCGGAGGUGCUACAGGAGCUGAACGCGAUGAGUGGUGGUCCCACCAGUCUCCGGGUGCGCCAGAACAGUAUGCAAUCUAUCGAAUCGUUUCUCAAGAAGACGGAACGUUUCCCGGCCCCUCCGGUUUUGACCCCACCAAAGCCGUUGAGAAUGUUGCCGAAGGUGGAACCCGUUGCAGACCCGAAGGUGGAGCAGGCGAGAGCGGAGUUCGAGUCGAUCGCCAGGACUCCCUCGUUCACGGCGGAGGAAAGAUAUCGGGUGUUGGAGGCAAGAGAUAAAUACAUUCGGCUGACGACCGAUCGAACGACGGAUAUCCGGAAGGUUAAGAGUACUCAGGGCGUUUGUGAGGAUAUGUGCCCGGAGAAGGAGCGAUACAUGAGGGAGUGGAAACUGCAGGUGGCUUCGUAUGAAGCGGGUGAAAGUUUGCAGCAGAUAGAUCACGAGAAGGCGAUUAAACAGUACUCGCGGAGUUCGGCCGAUCAGGAUGCCCCGCUCGCGCAGGAGCUGCGCUCGGAAAAGGGUCUAGGGCUGUCGAUGUUUUAUUUGCUGUACAGAAUUGUCGAUAUUAGUGACGAUGAGAACGCCAAUUUGAGCGAUUGGUUUCACUAUGUUUGGGACAGGACACGAAGUAUUCGGAAGGAUAUUACACAGCAGGAGCUGUGCUCUCCGAAGGCAGUGCAACUAGUGGAACAGUGCGCAAGAUUUCAUAUACAUUGCGCUGCUAGACUAGUGGCGGAGGAACCGUCUGUGUUUGAUCAAAAAAUAAACACAGAGAAUAUGACAAAAUGUCUGCAAUCUCUCAAGUACAUGUACCACGAUCUGGCCCUGAAAGGGAUACGCUGCCACAAUGAGGCUGAAUUCCGAGCCUACGUGGUGUUACUCAACUUGAACGACGGAAACUUCCUGUGGGAAGUUAAGCAACUCGCGCCAGAUAUUCUACACUCGAAAGAGAUUCGGUUCGCCCUUCAGGUUUACUUCGCCUUGGAGAACAACAAUUACGUGAAAUUCUUCAAUUUGGUUCGACAGACAACGUACAUGAACGCUUGCAUUUUGCUGCGUUACUUUAAUCAAAUUCGUACUCGCGCCCUGGAGACGAUCCUCAGGGCAUACACCUAUCGGACCCCUGCCAGUCUUUCGCUGGAGCAUCUCACAGAAAUACUGGCCUUCGAAGACACCGACGCAGCGGCAUCAUUCCUCAUAUGCUACGGACUUCCGGUGGAUGCCUCAUCGGGGUCCGUUUUCAUGGAUCCAAAGCAAUACGAACGGCCGGAACUUCCCUACCAAUUGGACAGAGCUCUCAAUCUGGUCGAGAGCAAGAGACGCUCCACCGUUGGUGAAGCAAUAUUCGGCGCACCGCUUGGCGAUGAUUCGUGUCUCAGAAGCCAUCAGCUGGAAAGCAGCUUCAAUUCGUCCGGAUGCAUCAGAGAGGAGAUUCUCCAGAAAAUCCUGAGACAGAAUAAGCCCACCCAUGAGUUCGCUUCGCCAACCAGCAAUGACGACAAAGUGUUCAAGGUUCCCUCGCCAACCACCGUUCCCCCGAAGCCACUCUUCCCGAAGCCCACCGGAAGCGCUAGUGGAUUUUUCCAUCCAUCGCGCUUCACAUCCCGGAUUGAAACAAAUUCUCCGGCACCGCUCGCUCCGUCGGUUUUCUCCAAACACAGCCCAACUCCGGUGCUCUCUGGGAUAACCCCGCUGGUGGCAACAAGCGCCCAAAAAUCGGACCAGGAACCGACGGCCGGCUCCGGCUUUGGGUCCAAUAUAUUCGGAAGUGUUCCUUUCGACGCCACCGCGACGCCCUCAACAUCAGCCGGUUCGAUUUUUGGUGGUGUUCAAUCGAAGAGUUCCACGGUCGACAUGCGAUCGAUCUUUAAAGGACCACAGGUGGCGUCCACCGAACAGGAACUUGCCCGGAAACGUCAGGAGCAGGAAGAGGAGGAGCGGCUGAUGCGUUCGAAACUACUCGAGGAACAGAGCAAGCGCAAACAACGGGAAGAGGAACUGAGACGGCAGCAGGAGUCCGACGAGGAACGAAUCCGACAGGAAAUGAUCAUCCGCAAAGAGGAGGAAAUUCGUCGUUUGAAGCAGCUGGAGGAGGAAGGAAAGCGACAGCUGGAAGCCACACUGGAUAAAAUGACGGAGAAGAUUCUUGGUGAGCUGUUGGAAGAAACCUGUGUGGAAGAGGUCACCCAAAUUGUCACCUCCUGUCACUAUCGCUAUCAGCUGCUCGAAAAGUAUCCGAAGAGGUUGCUGGAUGAGCUACAGAAAGAGGUUGUGGCGGAAUUCCUCGAGGAGACAGUGAAGAAAGAAAUGCUAGUCAGAAAUUGUCAGGAAAAUCGCCAAAUGAACGUAAUGCGGAAAUACUUCCGCCUGUGGAGAGCCAACGUUCGCUCGAUGAUCGACAAUCGCGAGCAGAUCGAAAACAGUCCGGUGUGGCUUCCGGAGCGAAAGCUACAGGAGCAAGCUCGGGAGUGUUUCGAGGGGCAUCAAACGCUUACUCUGUCGAACAUGAAGCGGUACUUGGGUGGAAUACCGAAGGUUUUUAACCUUCCCAAGCCGAAGCGAGAAACGGUGGAUAUUUUCGAGAUUGUACGGAAGGAAAUUCUCUCGAAGAAAAGAAACGAUUCGAAAGGAUUCAUACGGAAUCACGUCUAUUGGAAGCUGGCAAUAUCUAUUCCUUUCAGUCAGGAAGAAGAUUCCACAGGAUUUUAUCAUUUCAUCAACAAAUGGUUGAAAAAUGUUUUCAAACGAUCGACCAAAGAUUCCAGUAAAUGUUUCUUCUUGGAAGCGCAGGAAUCUCCAGCUACUUGCGAACGGUUGGCAGUUUGCGUCCGACUUCUCAAAGGAGUCUCCAUUCUAGAUGAGCUCGAAACAAGUGACCAAGCCGCUCUGGACAAUUCAGCCGGCCUAAUUUUCUUCCUAACCUCGAAAAAUUUUGAAAAAUCCCGACAGCGUUUGCACAAUCUCCUGAUAACGGCUGACUCUUGGGGACCGAUUCCUCUCACGAUAAUUGCCUACAAUUUCGGCUUGGAAUCCGACCGAUCGCUGGAAGAGCUCCUGGACAUCGAUACUCUGCUGGAAGAAGGAAAACUCAGCGAUGUCGAGAUUCACUACCAUCAGGAGAAGCAAAAUAUUCCUCUCCAGCGCAGUUUACUGAAAUCGCUCACCUUCCUAGCAUCAUCAUUCCACACGGCUUCCACUCUGGAGAUGCAAUCCCAAACUGCCUUCAUAGGAACCUGCCUCGGCGAGGAACUGUGGUAUCGUUUCCGUUUGUCCUCGGACCAGAACCCAGCACUCGCCGAAGCCUGCCGGGAUGUUUCCUUUGUGAUGGGUCUCUUCAACCAGGCCGUAAAUCGCGUGUCCAACCUGGUCCAACACAAUCUCUCCGCAUACCCGGAUUUCCCGGUGGAAUUCAAGCCGUUCGUCUCCAAGUGUCGCUUCGAUAUUCCCUUGGAGAUGGAAUAUUUCCCAAAAGAUUGGCGAAACGCCGAACGUCAACAGAAAUUGAUUCGCUUUUUCGCCCAGCUCAAACUCAAAUUACCCUCCUUCGAUCAGUCCUCUCUCAAAUCCGGUGCAGAUCUCGAAGCAAAGCUUCGUGACUAUAUCCAAUGCUCGUUUCCCAAACUAGACCCGAAGACAUCCCGUCGCCUACUUGCACUCGUGAUGCAGGAGAUUCUGAAGACCCUCCCGGUGGGUGUUCCAUUCCCGCAGGCUCUCGCAACUCUAAAUUGGCUCGCACCCAUCGGGAUCCUCUCGAACGAGCUUCUGCGCUGCCACUGGGGCGAAGCCAUCGUCCACCUACCCUGCGAAAUCAUCUAUCACAAGCAGGAGUACGAAAGCUACACCCGUUCACUCUGGUGGCUACCGGAGCUCAAAAAGCUCAAGCGAAGUGUCCAUCAAAACGGAAAGGCCGACGGCGAAGACUUGGAAGAUUUGGACUCGCUCGAUGGACCUUCGCCGUCGGAAAUGGUGAAGGAUGCGACGACGGCGGCGGCGAUGCCUGCCAUCAAGAGGAUGAGGCUCAACAUAAGCCUUGCGCAGGGCGAUUUGGACGAGAUCGUGACCCAAAGUAUGAGCUGCUUGAAGCGGGCAGAGCACAGUCUGGCCCGCUGCCGGGAGUUUACGCAGCACACGAAAAAACUGGUCCGGAAUCUGGAUGAACAGAUGUACGAACAGGAGCGAGCCUUCCGGGCGAAUCGGUGGGCCUGGCAGGAGAACUUCCGCUAGAUUUAAUGAAUACCGUUGAAUUGUUACUUUUAAUUUUUUUAAAUACAUUGAAUUUGACGAUUUUUUUCUGAUAUAAAUGCAGUUUGAUUGUUAAAUAAACACAGGGUGCGGCAGCAUAACUUCCUUUUUUAAAAUGCGCGCCACUCAGUUAGUUGAUGUCAUAACGGAGCGCUAGUGGUCUCGUUCAAGAGGGGAUACUGUAAAGUUUUGUCCCGACAAG